GGGAGGCUGCAUCAUGGCGGAUAGAGACAGUGGAAGUGAGCAAGGAGGAUUCGCCACGGGCCCCGGCGCCGGCCCAAUGCAUCCGGGCGCGAUGGGCGCAGCGUCACGACUCCAGCAUGACACGGAGGAGCUCGCCUCAAAACGGGUUGACAUUCAGAACAAACGCUUCUAUUUGGACGUGAAGCAGAACGUCAAAGGCCGCUUUCUGAAGAUAGCCGAGGUCGGGGCCGGGGGAAAUAAGAGUCGUCUGACUCUGUCGAUGUCAGUAGCCGUAGAGUUUCGCGACUACCUGGGAGACUUCAUCGAGCACUAUGCUCAGCUGGGUCCCAGCAACCCGGACAUUGUGCAGGACGAACCACGACGGGCGCUUAAAAGUGAGUUUCUGGUUCGAGAGAAUCGGAAGUACUACAUGGAUCUGAAGGAGAAUCAGAGGGGGCGGUUUCUGAGGAUCCGACAGACCGUGAAUCGGGGGCCCGGAUUGGGAACGGCGCAAGGCCAGACCAUCGCUCUUCCUGCCCAGGGGCUAAUCGAGUUCCGAGACGCUCUGGCGAAACUUAUCGACGACUAUGGAGUUGACGAGGAGCCCGCAGAACUGCCAGAGGGCACCUCAUUGACUGUUGACAACAAACGCUUCUUCUUUGACGUGGGCUCGAAUAAAUACGGAGUUUUCAUGAGGGUCAGCGAGGUGAAGCCAACCUAUCGCAACUCCAUCACAGUGCCCUGCAAAGUGUGGUCCAAAUUCGGUACCACGUUCUGUAAAUACGCCGACGAGAUGAAAAAGAUUCAAGAGAGAGGCAGAGAGAGGAGGGCGCGCGAGCUGCUACCGGAGGGCCUACACGGAGACGAUGGAGACGAGGAUUAA